ACUUCCUGUUUGGAGGACAGACAGCGGAAGAAGAGAGGAGGUUCCUCUUGUAUCAACACAAGGAGAUGCCUGACAGCUACAUCUUCUGUAAUAUCUGCACCUAACCGUUCUGAGUUUAUUUAGAAGUUUUUAAUACUUCCACUAAAGAUAAAUACUUUUUUCUUUGGAAAGGUAGCUAUCCGUAGCAACAAACCAAACGCAAUAUGAACGGAGCAGCAUUCCCUUCCCCCACGGCCGAAAUAGCAGAGAUGAACCGUAUCCAAUAUGAGAUGGAGUACACCGAAGGGAUCAGCCAGAGGAUGCGCAUCCCUGAGAUGCUCAAAAUGGGUCAUGAACCCCAUGAGGACCCUAAUUUUGGAUCUCAGGAGGUCCCCCACAGUGUCAUAAUGCAAGUCCCAGAGAGAAUUGUGAUGUCAGGAAACAGUAAUGACCCCCAGUUCCCGAGACCCAGAGACCUGGACCUAAUCCAGUCAACACCACUAGAAACUCUAUCACUGAAGACUCCACCCAGAGUCCUCACCCUCAGUGAUCGGCCCCUGGACUUCAUGGAGGAGGAGGAGGAGGAGCAGCAGCAGCAGCAGCAGCAGGCAGCUCCAGACAGUGAGGAGGUGCUGAGGCCUCCAGCACGAGUACGGCGGGAACGUUCAGCCAGUGAGAAUGUAUCUGCCCGUCAAAACAGUCAGCUGAUGCGCAACGAUUCUGCUGCGACCCCGUCCCCCCCAGCCACUGUCCACCCUUGCCCCACUCUCACCGUGACUGAAGAAGAACACAACCUGUACAGCGCUAGCGGUGUUCUGUCUUUCAUCCAGUCCACUACACGUCGGGCCUACCAGCAGGUCCUGGAGGUCUUGGACGAAAACCCUCGCAGCAAACCAUCACUGCGAGGGGGGUCGGCCUCAAGCUCCAACCCCCUGCAUGACUCCAGGUUUGCGUUAUCAACGUAUGAAGUCUCACUGGAUGCGGGGCCGGACGACAUGACUGUGGUCGACGCGACGACGCUUCGACGUCAGCUCAUCAAAUUGAACCGGAGACUUCAACAUUUGGAGGAGGAGAACAAGGAGCGAGCAAAGCGAGAGAUGAUCCUGUACUCGGUCACCGUGGCCUUCUGGCUCGUCAACACCUGGGUGUGGUUGCGACGUUAAAGCCGGCCGUGAUUUCUGCCAUCACCGUGACAGGAGAACGUACCAUCCCUUAUUCUAUGUGUCAAAUGUUCGCCACUCGCUGCACUCAGUCCCUGUGCGAGGAAGACCUUGUAACAUGUGAUCAAGGCCUGCUGCGCACGGGGCUUAUUUUUUGAUUUGAUUUAUUUAACACAUGUACAGUUUUAUUUUUUUACGCUUAUUUCAUCUUGUCUCAUGUUUUUUGUUUUUAUUACAAAUCUUCUUGCUCAACGCUAAGCAUGACUUGUAAAUAUUUGUCCAUGUCACUCAGAGCUUAUGAAAGAAGUCAUACAGAGAUACAGUAAAACAAAAUGGAGCUGCACCGUGGAGAUGUAACAUGCUGAAUAUUUAUUGGGGAAAGAGUAAAAUGUGACUUGAACUGGGAAAUGUAAUACAAUUUAGUAAAAGCAUACAUAUAUAA